CUUUUCUGUACCUGCAGCACUUCCAUCGAUUUGCAGAGGAGACGUGCCAGGCCUCGGGUCCCGGCCGUGUCGCCGUGAAACGUGCAGUGCUGUUUGCUGCACAGGAUUUGCCAUUGUCUCGUCUCGUGGACGCCAUGACGGGUGUCGACAAGAAAAAUGGUACACAACAACAGCAGCGAGAGCGGCUUGGGGCGCUGCUGCGAAUCUCGAAAAGUGAAUGUCCCGUUGUGCUGCCCAGCAAGAAGCGGUCGCGCAAGAGCACGGAGCUGAAUCUACCCGACGCGGAGGUGAAGGAAAAUAUGAGCGUGCGCAUCGUCUAUGCGUGCAAGCGGCUCCGACGUUUUUUCCAACAGCCCGAGACCUUGACCUGUCGCGGGUGCUCAAAGAGAACAACCUGUGCGCUGUUCAAAAAGCCCGCGCCCCCGGAGCCGACGACGGCGGACUGCGUGGACGUGGUGAAAGUGCUGUAUGGUCUGGCGCAAUACUGUAGGGGCUACUUGGAGGAGCAGACGAGGAGCAAUACUGCUUCGACCCCCGCAAGCGCGGACAAGAAAAAGAGGCCGAACUUCGUACCUCUGGACCGAGCACCAAAAGACAUCACAGGAACGCCGGAAAGUUCCGCGACGGAGCAGGGACGAGAGUCCGGGUCAGUGUCGGAUGGACCAAGCCCUCAAACGCUGCUCUCUUCCGCUAUCGUGUUGCUGGACAGCUUGGGGAAAAUUAUCCUCGAACAGCAACAGCUAGAGGUGGCGAAGUUCGGGAAAAGUUCCAAACUCCUCCCGGACGUGCCCAUCGCGGAUCCGCAAACGGCGAAGCAGCUCGCGGAAGAGAUCAGUUUGAAGAAGGAGCAGAUGAAGCUGGACCGGAAAGAGGAGCAGAUUCUGAAACUGCCUCCGUGGCUGCGGGAUUCCCUGCGGCCGGUCAUGAGCAAACACAUGAACGCUCGCCAGAAGUUUCUGCUGAAGCAACGCGAGAAAGCCGACAUGGAGGCCAAGAGCGCUGCGGAGUCGCAGUUCGAGGGCAACUUCGUACCGGAACUGGAUGUUGUGGACGAAAAUGGGAUGGCGAGGGUGAGUGCAAACGCUGCUGGGAGCAGCACACUUCCUGCAGCAAAUUUCGCUUCAAACUACAGCUCGCCCUCAAAUAGUAAUUCCGUCCAGGACCUGAACUCUGAUCUGAGCCGCAUGCGGAUUCCGAAGCGGUUCGAGGAGAUCCAGAAGCCCUGUAAGGUGGACACAAUUAUCCAGUUCAACGCGACAUACCAGCGGUACGUGGAGGGCUUGACACGAAAGCGCAGCCGAGUGAACACGCGGGAACAGGAGGACGUGAUGAUAGAUUUGGACAAGUAUUGGGAGUCGUGCACAGCAGACGUUGCCAGUCGACGGGAUGAUGCUGCUACAAUUGAGUGCGAGGAAGAUCUUCAUGCAAGUCCCGAAGCCGAAUCCGAAAAGGGUGCACGUGAUGCUGCAACUACAGCAACGGAAAGCAGAACAAACAGUUCGGCAGCUGCAACUGGGAGUGAUAUUACGCCUGGUCAGGUGGACGGAAACAAAGACAACCAACAUUUGGGUUCUUCGAACAUUUCCAUGGAUGCACAAUGCCUGAACACUCCGAUCGAAAGCAGUACACCGAGCGGCACAGAAGCAGAGCCGUUCGUGGGAAAGAACACAGAGAGUAAAGACAGUCCUUCCGGUGGUCCGCUCUCCCCCGUGGAUGCGUUGUUUGCGUCUUUGGAGCGCGCGCACCAGGAAAAAAUGACACAAAAUGCGAGGCGGAACGAUCAUCCUGCCGCUGGUCGUGAGAGCGACUCAUCUUCCGGUAAAGAAGAUCAUACCGUACUGACUGCGGACAACGAUCUAUCAAAAGGAAAAAUCCCCCCUCCCCAUAUCGAAAUGGAAAUCUGUGAUGCAGGAUUUGGGUACACAAAUCGGAUCUGUCUUGCAGUAAGGCAUCGCAGCCAGCUCCUCGGCCUAGGCAGGGGCGUAUAGGUCUAGUUGCUUAGCAUUGCAAACGGGUGCCCCCUAGGCGCAACAGCGUGCCAAAUCGCUUCCAUAAUGGUGCGGAAGCCUCUGCGCCUGUCUUCUUGCAAGACAGACGUGAUUUGUGACCUCAAAUCAGCAACGCAAAUUUUCGGAAACAUACCUUUUCGAUAUGGGGAGGGGGGAUUUUUCCUCUCAAUACGAUCCUGAUAGCCGAUUCGUGGAGCAGCGAGGUGGCUACGCGAGCCUGGAUCUCUCCAACCCGGACGAGUUUCGACAGAGCGCGCUCGUUCCAGCCGAGGCGCUGGACGCAGUUUCCCCAUCGAAGCGCGCGUUGGAGGGGGUCCACGUUUACCGCAACGCGAGCGACGACCCGGCGUUGGCGAAGCAGCUCCGGGAAAUUCUCGCAGAGAAGCGAAGUGCCUCAGGUAGUCGUCUUUCAGAUGACGAUGAGGAACACUUCGCAGCAACUUCGUCCUCGGUGAAGACGCGGAACGGCCGACUCAACCACCAGGAAAUCACACAGGACGAGCGUUUGCAGGUGUUCUCGCAGGCGGAUUUCGGGCAGCUGCUUUCGACGGGCGGUAGCGACAGUGGGAACGAUUUGAAGUUUCUGAGGCGAGUUCCCUUCGACGAGCCAGCAUCGCGUUCGGGCGGGACAGUGCCCGAUAAGACACUGGCACUGGCUCUGCGCCACCACGACGUGCAAAAAUCGGGACUGGUGUCUUUGCCGGAUUUCGAUGCGCUGAUGGCGACUGCGCACGCGGAGCAAGAAGCUUUUUCUAGUUCAGAGCGGGAACGUGAGCGCAACAGCACCGGCAGCCACGUCCGAGGAAAUGUAGGGAGGAAUACCACAAGCGUGAUUGAGAGCACGGAGACGGCAAGUGAAAGCCACUUAGCAGCGGACGACGAGGACUUUGUGGAAGAUGAAGACGACGUGGAAGACGACGAAAGCCGGAUUGACGCAGCGAUAAAUCUCGCCGAUUUAGCCAGCACGUCCUCGAGCAGUACAGGCGCAAAAAAACAUGAUUUUAAGGUAGACGAAGAAGACAUCGAUCUCCUGCCCGAUUCUGCCGAGGAACUGGAUCGAAAAAUGGAACAGUGGCAACAAAAAGAGGCGAAGAACGAUUACUCAGAUCUUGCAGAGUUCGGAUUUGGGCGUCGUGCUGGUUCACGUGGUUCUUCAGGUGGACAGAAGCAAUGCACAAGCGCAAGUCCUCUGGAGCGGGAAGCAAAAGACCCAGCCCGAACGAAAUCGUUUCCGGAGCAAGACGAUCAACAUCCCUUCCGCCGGGACUGGCGGAAGGACGGGCAGGGAGGUGAAGACGAGGCUAGUUUUGAAGAGAGCGAAGAUUUGUCUUCCGACGGCAACACGAGCAAAAAGCGCACGAUGAUUUUUCCGGAGCUUCCCGAUGUGGAGGCCGAUUGGGUCGCGAACCGGGCGAACACCUUGCGCGCCAGCGGGAAGAACUCUGCUUUCGUGCCGAAGAAGGCCCAGCAUGGCCUGAAGCAAGCGCGGUUGCCCGACACGUUGCGCCGGUUCUACAAACCACCGCCGGCGCAUCAAGGCGCUUCGCAGCGGGGCGGAGGUGCUUACGAGGCCAGAAGCAGGUUUGCCGAAGGAGCGUCCUCUUUCGCCGCGACAAAUUUGUCCACCGACACCGCUGCGGCGCAGUCUGAGAAGAAAUCCACAGCGGUGCAGUUGCAACGUAUUCUGAACAAGCAUCUGAAGGAGCGAAACAAGAAACAACACGGGAAAAUUGGAAGAUACAGAGCCGACACUUCCUUUGCUUGAAAGAAAUCUUCGCGAAGUACACAUCUAAUGAACAAGCCUUCUUGGAGUUGGAGAGACUCUGAAAAAAUGUACAUAAGAUCAAUGCACUUUCACUGAAUUUCGACGAAGGUGAAGCCCAAGAAAGACAUGCUUUUGGGAC